AUAGAUUCUACAAUUUUACAAAAGCACUAUAGAUUCUACAAUUUUACAAAAGCACUGGUGGUCCUGUAGAAAAUUUUAUAGUAAGUCUCAAUAUUUACUACCUCUUAAAAGAGACGCUAUAAUAUUACUAUUUAUUUAUGUCACAUUACUUUUUACACUAUAUCCAAUUUAUCCGAUUUUGUUAUAGUAAUUUAUUCAUGUAAGAAAAUGGGACACGUUUUCUUCUCCAAACCAGAUAGUCUACUUCUUCUACUGCUUUUCUACUAUCUCCACAUCCACCCUUUUACUACUUUUCUACCUUCGUCUCGUGACAAAGAAAGAAAACCCUAGAUCAUUUGAAUACUCACAGACCUUCAAACUUGAAGGUUCAAAGGUUUUCCGGAGCCGUGCAUCGGAACUCUAUUUGGACAAAUGUGUAAUCUUUUGGUAACGGCAAAUUCUACGUAAUUCAGGCUUCCACUUCAAAUGAAGAAUCGACUAAUAUCGUUCAUUCUAAAUGCUCAAUGGAAUGAAGAAACGAUCUCAGGUUUCUUGUCGGGAGUACUAUUCCUACAAGUUACAAAUUAGACCUUCUGGGGGAACACGGAAGACUUUUUUAUACAAAGCUCUUCUAAUUAGUGUAAGAAGUCAAAAUUUCAUUGCUUUGGCAACAGCGUCCUCUGGAGUCGCUGCAUCUUUGUUACCUGGAGGUCGCACAGCUCAUUCAAGAUUUAAAAUUCCUUUGGAAACAAUUGAUGAAGUGAACUGCUCUGUUAGCAAGCAAUCAGCUUUAGGAAUGUUGUUGAAAAUGUUUAGGUUAAUAAUUUGGGAUGAAGCACCUAUGGUAAAUCGUUGUGCUAUUGAAGCUAUAGAUAGAAUGCUUAAAGAUAUUACUGGUUAUAACUUUCUUUAGGUGGGAAAGUGAUAGUUUUUUUAGGGGAUUUUCGACAAGUUCUACCAGUGGUACCAAGAGGGAAAAAAGAAGAUGUAAUUAAAGCUAGCUUGGUUUUUUCAGACCUAUGGCCUUCCUAUUUACAUUUACCAUUGGUUGAGAAUAUGAGAGUAAAGUUAGAUCCUAUGUUCUGUAUUUACUUACUUAGAAUUGGAGAUGGAACAGAAGAUGAACAUACUUGUAAGUGCGUUAUGCUUCCGAAUAGUAUAAUUCUACCAUUUGAAGAUGAAAUCACAUCCUUAAAAAUUUUGAUAUAUCAUGUUUUUCCAAAUAUACAAACAUAUGCUGACAAUCUAUAUGAUAUGGUAAAUAGUGUUAUUCUAACACCUACAAAUGAAUGUGUUGAUUAUAUUAACAGGAUUUUACUUGAACAAAUUCCCGGUAAAAUUUUUACAUACUACAAUUUUGAUGAAGCAAUUGUAAAAUCAGAACAAAGCUUGCAAGAAUAUUUCUUGAAUACUUUAACACCAAAUGGUAUUCCACCGUAUGAAUUGAAACUUAAGAUAAACUGUCAUGUAAUGUUACUGCGGAAUAUCGAUCCUUCUGAAAGGUUAUGCAAUGGAACACGCCUUACCUGUCGAAAAUUUGAGAAAAACGUUAUUUUAGCUGAAAUUACAACUGGUGAAUAUUGUGGAAAUAUGUUUUCUUACCAAGGAUCUCUUUUAUAUCUCUUC